AUGAUUAACUCGAAGACUAUCAUCUCUGCCUUGGCCCUCUCAGCUCUCGCUGCUUCUGCCCCUACCCUCGGUAGGAGUUUCUCUGUUAGCCAAGUUCCUAUUAAUGUUUCUCGUGUCCACCCAGCCGUUGAAUACGCUAGAGUUUAUAUCAAACAUGGCGUUCCGAUUCCUCAUCAUGUCGCCUUAGCUGCUAGGACUCCUCACGCCGACUCUGUUGUCGCUGACCCUUAUCUACAUGAUAUUGUGUACCUUUCUCCUAUUAAAGUAGGUCGUGACAUGUUAUUAGUCACUUUUGACACUUCUACGUCCGAUUUGUGGGUUAAGACUAAGUUCUCCCCUAGUGCUGGAACUCGUGUCUAUAAUCAAACCUCUGGUACCUUGCUGCCAUUUCAUCAUUGGCAAGUUAGAUAUCCUGAUACGAGCAUUCUUGGAGGUGAUGUAUAUAAGGAUGUAGUUAGAGUCGGCCAGGUUGCCUCAUUUGAGCAGGCUGUUGAAACUCUUCUCUACCUCCAUACGCCUUCUUCAGUCUUUAGAGAAGUAGUAGAUGGUGUUCUAGGAUUAGCCUUCUCCAGCUUAAAUACAGUGCAACCUACAAAGCAGAGGACUUUCUAUGAUAAUGUUAAGCCGAUGCUCUCCAACCCUGUCUUUGCUGCUUGCCUUAAGCAUAAUACUCCUGGUUUCUUCGACUUCGGCUUUAUUUAUCACGCUAGACACAUGACGCGAAUCUACUAUAAGCUUGUUGAUUCUAGUCAGGGAUAUUGGAAUAUUACUUGUGAUGGAUUCAUGAUUGGUAGGGCGGCUUCUUUUAACCCUUUCCACGCUGUAGUCGAUACUGGUUCUAGUCUCCUCCUCCUUAGACAAAGUAUUAUCGCCCAGUACUACGGCAAUAUUACCUCUGCUUAUUACUCUCAAGAGCACGCUGGGUGGGUCUUUAAUUGCAAUGAUGUCAUCCCUUCCUUUUCUAUUAUACUUGACCUAUAUAACGCUACUAUUCCGGGUGACUAUAUAAAGUAUGUACAACUCAAUGGUACGCUUUGCUAUGGUGGUCUCCAGGUGAGCCCUUCCAAUGACUUCGGUGUUCUCGGCGCUGUUUUUCUUAAGACCCAGUAUGUUAUUUUCGACAGCCGGCCUGGUAAGCAUCCCCGUGUCGGCUUUUCUAAACAGCGGACAUCGAUCUAA